AUGCUGGUACUUGAUUUGCUUAAUGUUUUUUGUCUAAUUGUCAUCGCUUCUGUGACUGCCAUCGGUGUGAUAGGAAACGGAUUUAUCAUCCUUGCAAAUGGCCUCGAUUGGAUCCAAAGCAAAACAAUGUCACCCUCGGACAUGAUCCUGACUGCGCUGAGUCUGUCCCGACUUCUUUUUCUCGGUCUGACCCUGGGGAUACACUGUUUGUUUUUGCUUGAUGUGGACAAUCCCCAAUGCUUCCCCGACACCUUACUUUUAAUCUGGGCCUUUGUCAAUGCCGUUAGCCUUUGGAUGUCUGCCUGUCUUGCAAUCUUUUACUGCGUGAAACUCGUCAGCUUCUCCCGGGUGUUCUUCGUGAAAAUUAAGCUGCAAAUCUCCCGGUUGGUUCCAUGGUUACUUCUAGGCUCAGUGCUGGGACCAAUGAUCAUCUCUGUUCCUAUCUUCUUCUUACGAAAAUGCAAACCUUACUGCGAUGAAACAAAGGUUCUUCAGGGUAACAAUAACAGGACAUGCUCCGGGAAUCUAAUUUCCGGUCUUCUCUACACUGCGGGCAAUUUUCCAUCUUUCAUUAUCGUUUUAGCUUCUUCGGUCCUCCUGAUUUGGUCCCUUCGUCGACAUGCUCAGAAGAUGCGACAGAACACAGGCAGCAUCAAGGACUCAAGGAUGGAUGUUCACAUAAAAGCCAUUAAAACUCUGGUCUCAUUUGUUAUCCUUUUCAGCGCAAGCUUCGUAGCUCUGGUCUCACUGGCUGUGUUCACAAUUCCUUGGACAAUUGUCUUGUGUACCAUAGUGGUCACUGCAUACAAUUCAGGACACACUAUUAUUCUGAUGGCCAUGAAUCCUAAACUGAAGGAGCUGCUAAAGAGGUGCCUGCAGGAUACUAUAGGCCGUUGUCUGAGGUAA